CACCGGCCGUCUUUACCAGUCAUCGAUUUUACACGGCCGCGUGGCUCCAGUGUACAGCGCAAAUGCCACCAACCGCGCGCGCCAUGGAGAUGGCCUCCAUCUCCAUGGCGCCUUCCCGCUUCUAUUUAAACCCGGCGGAGCGCUCUUAGAAAUCACAACGCCGACUGCCAACUGCCAACUGCCAACUUUCAACGUCACUUCACACUAGCUAGCUCGGUUGGCAAUGGCGAUGGUGGAGGUGCUCUCGUCGGAGCUGGUCGUCCCGGCCGAGCCGACGCCGGGGGGCAGCAUCUGGCUCUCCAACCUCGACCUCGCCGGGAGGAGAGGCUACACCCCCACCGUCUACUUCUUCCGCCCCAACGGCGACCCGGGCUUCUUCGCCGCCGACGCCAUGAAGGACAGCCUCGCCAGAGCGCUCGUCGCUUUCUACCCGCUCGCCGGCCGCCUGGGCCUCGACGCCACCGGCCGCGUCCAGGUGGACUGCACCGCCGAGGGCGUGGUAUUCGUCACCGCCCGCUCCGAGCACUACGCGCUCGAGGAGCUGAUGAACGAGUUCGUGCCCUGCGGCGAGAUGCGGGACCUGCUCGUCCCGCCCACGCCGGCGCCCAACCCGCCCUGCGCGCUGCUCUUCGUGCAGAUCACGCGCCUCCGCUGCGGCGGCCUGGUGCUCGGCCAGGCCAUGCACCACUCGAUCGUCGACGCGCGCGGCGCCGCGCACUUCUUCGAGACCUGGGCGAGCAUCUCCCGCGGCGCAGGCGCGCCCACCGUGCCGCCGUGCUUCGACCACACGCUGCUCGCCGCGCGCCCGCCGCAGUCGCGCGCGGUGCUGUACGACCACCCGGAGUACAAGCCGGAGCCGGAGCCGGUGGACCCCGUGUCGGCCUCCACGUACGCGAGCGCCAUCGUCACGAUGAGCAAGGGCCAGGUGGGCGCGCUCAAGGCGCGGUGCCUCGGCGCAUCCACGUUCCGCGCCGUGGUGGCCCUGGUGUGGCAGUGCGUGUGCCGCGCCCGCGCGCUCCCUCCGUCGGCCGAGACGCGGCUCUACUCCAUGGUGGACAUGCGCGCGCGCCUGGACCCGCAGCUCCCGGCGGGGUACUUCGGCAACGCGGUGAUCCGCACGUCGGUGUCGGCCACCGUGGAGGAGGUGGUGUCGAGCCCGCUGGUCCACGCCGCGAGGCUGGCGCGCGCGGCGACGAGCCAGGGCGGCGACCACGCGAGGUCGCUGGUGGACUACCUGGAAGGGGUGGACACGAUGAACCUGCCCCGCAGCGGCAUCUCGCGCGCGCACCUCCGCGCCAUCAGCUGGAUGGGCAUGUCGCUCUCCGACGCCGACUUCGGGUGGGGCGCGCCGGCGUUCAUGGGGCCGGCCCUCAUGUACUACAGCGGCUUCGUGUACGUGAUGAACGCGCCCGGCAAGGACGGCGCCCUCGCGCUCGUGCUGUCGCUGGAGCCCGAGAGCAUGCCGGCGUUCAGGGAGGGGUUCGCCGACGAGCUGGCCCGCCUCGAGCUGUGAUGAAUAUAUAGUAGACGCACACGUAUCACGCAACGUUACCAUGCGAGGGACAUGCAUGGAUAUAUUCUGCAUCUCCAUGCAGGCAUGUACGUUCGCGUCGUAAUUAUUUUAUUAUUACCACCGUGUGGUAGUAUGUUAACAUGUGCGCGUCCAUGAGUGAAGUGUUGGCUGGUAAGUAAGCCAUGCAUGUAUAGCCGCAUGCCGCUAUCUUUUACUGGCUAGUGUAAUAAGACUCGAGAAGUAUAUAUUGGACUUGGGCAUGUCAUGUGUA